CUUAGGUCCAACACUACAGAUUAACUUUGCCCUAUCACUCUGCUGCUGACUUGUUACACAGUCGGUGUGGAGCUUAAAUCAAUCAGUCCUGGGGAAGCAGGUAGUACGGUGAGACAUGGCAAGCAAGUCCCUGCUCUUCCUUUUGCUAUCUGCCCUGGUCGCGUAUUAUUUCUAUACUCCUCUCCCAGAUAAUGUGGACGAGAAACUCACAGUCAUGCUGGUACAUGGAACGUUUAGAGCUCUUGGAUACAUGGGAUACAUGGCAGAGCUGUUUGGAAUCAAGCAUUAUAUGGAGGUGAUGAUGCUUUUAACUCAUUUGGAGCACACAGAACCAGUGUCUGAUGAAAAUGUCUCAGUCACAGAUACCUCCUUUAGCAAUGUACCGGUACGGCUAUUUAUCCCUAAAGCAGCAGUCACUGAACAGAGACGAGCAGUCAUUUAUAUUCAUGGAGGAGGGUGGUGCUUAGGAAGUUCUGCCAUGAAGCCAUAUGAUCUUCUGGGAAGAUACACUGCUCUGCAGCUUGAUGCUGUUGUUGUGUCCAUAGAUUACCGAUUAGCGCCUGCAUUCCAUUUCCCAACCCAAUUUGACGAUGUGUACGCUGUGACUAAGUAUUUCCUCGAUAAAGACAUACUUCAGAAAUAUUCUGUGGAUCCCUCCCGAGUGGCCGUAGCAGGGGACAGUGCGGGAGGAAACUUGGCAGCUGCAAUAGCUCAACAGCUGUUAAAUGACCCUGAAGUCAAAGUGAAACUGAAGAUCCAAGCAUUAAUCUAUCCGGUUCUUCAGGACAUCGAUAUGAAUACUCCAUCCUAUCAAGACAAUGGAGACAUGCCUGUGCUUUCCAAGUCUCUGAUGGUCCGUUUCUGGAGUGAGUACAUCACGAUUGACAGAACAUUGGGCGAAGCCAUGUGGCACAACAAGCACAUUCCUGCCGAAGCUGAACACGUGUUGAGAUUUGUGAACUGGAGCACUUUAUUACCGGACAACCUGAAAAAACAGCAUGUGUAUUUGAAAUCUGAAUUUGGAUCAUCAGGUUUUGUGAAUAAGUACCCAGCAAUUCUGGAUGCAAAAGCAAGCCCUUUAUUGGCUGAAGAUGAAAAGUUAAAAGGGUUACCAACAGCAUAUAUAAUUACAUGCAUGUAUGAUGUCUUAAGAGAUGAUGGCUUUAUGUACGCGGCAAGGCUGAGAAAAGCUGGAGUCCAAGUGGAACACGCUCAUUAUGACAAUGCCUUCCAUGGCAUUCUUUUAUUUAAUACUUGGCCCUUUGAAUUGAAAGUAGCACAUGACAUGUACAACAACUACAUACGAUGGCUAAAUGACAACUUAUGAGGUGCCCAUAUUGUAAGCUUGCCUAUAAAAUCUGAGCAGAAGCACCUGGAUGUACAGUAGCAAGGCUGCUUGCUGUAAGGGCAUCCCCACUGUUAGGGGGUAUUGCCCCCACAUACACCGUACAUCCUGACUGCAAUGCAGGGGUAAAGAUAUACGUCAAAGGUCUCCAGUAAUAUGCAGGAAAGUGACUGUUCCAGUUCAGUUUGUGCACCAUUUCUGUGUCUUGAUAAAAUGAAAGGUAGCAACCUCUCCGGCUCACCAUGGAUUGGAAUGCUGGGUAUGGGUCUCACUUUUUUUUUUAGAAGCUAAUCUUUUUUUAAGGAAAAUAUAACCACAUUUUUAUAAACUGUCCAGUGUAUGAUAACACGCAAACAUAUACACAUACACACACAUAUAUUGACAAUAUACAGCUUUUUGACCAUCAUUGCUAACCAUAAUGUGGAUUAUGCUACGUCACAUCAGUUAACAAAUGACAGGGUUAUAACUUUGCACUGGGUCAGUUGUAUCACCAUUUUGCAUAUUUUUAAAGUUUGUGCACAUAAUUAAACAAUUGCAGUGCUUGUUUAA